AUGAAUGUAGGGCGACGAGCUGCGGCUUCAGCCUCCCUCGGGGCGCGUGGAACUGGCAGCGACUGGCUGCUGCGGCAUGCGCGUCACGACACGGCGCGGUGGGAGCGACCAAGCGUCGCAUCGUCGACUGCCGCGGCUGAGACAAUCGUGAGGGUGCUUGCCGUUGGCGGUCCCAGUUGUUGGGAGACUGCCACUGAGCUCUACGCCGGAGGUCUGGCGACGCGCUCCAUCGGGCGGCGUGGUGCUGUGGCGCAACAACAGCGGCACGGCGCCAUCGUGCACGUCAUGACGGCGCUCGGGCAGGGGAACGCAACAGUCGUCCUGCGUGGGUUGGUGGCGCGGCGCAUCGCACGCGAUGUCACGCUGCCGCAGCUUGAGGCUACACGUGAGGAACAUGAAGCCGCUGCAGCGGCAUGCGCAGCAAUUCUGCGUGAGCUACUCGCUUCUGGCGAGUACAUGGUGGCGCUGCGCUGCGCGGAGCGUUGGGCAAAGCGUGACGUGUCGCCGGCUGUUGCGCAGCGGGUGCUGCACACACUACUUGCAAGUUCCACCGGGGACAGCAGUACCGAUGCGAUGUGUCGCAUGGCGUUGCUGCGUGGCGGCAUCCUGCAGCGCGUCGAAAUGGUGACGGGAACACCAGGAGUAGCCGCGCUGUUGUCUCUGCGUGAAGGAGGGGAGGGGGAAACGGACCGCUGUCUGGCGAGGUGGUGUGUCGAUGCGGCGCUGUACAUGAAGGUGUGCCCGUGGACUGCGUGCUUCGCCCACCUGCCACCGUCCGACGCGUCAUCGGAGGUCUUCUAUGAGGAGAUGCUCGCGUGCUGGUGCACGCACCGCCGGUUGCCGAUGCCGGCUGCUGCCGUGGGCGCACUGCCUGGACGUGUCCUCAGUUGCGCCAUCGCGGACGUGAUGCGCUGCUGCUUCGGCUGCCGUGAUGAGUUGACAGAGUCGACGAUGCGGCGCCUGCGGGAUGUUGUUUCUGCCUUCUGUUGUGCGUCGGUGCGACCACACGAGGGGGCGGUUAUGUGCCUGGACCUUCUGUAUCAACUCUCCAACGGAGAAAGCGUCGCGCAGGACGUUCUGUGGUGGCGCGACCACUUGCAGCGGUACCGUCCCACAUCCGUGACGUCUGCCGUUGCGUGGGUGGAGUUAUGCAACCGCGUCGGGGCAACGGAGUUGGUGUUGCAGCCACCCUCUUCUGCACCGAGUUAUUUCCCGCUUUUGGUUGUGCAGGCGUCGCAGUCGGCAUCAGCGGCGGUGGCGCUGUUCGAGGCUGUGCGACACGGCAGCGCGAACCUACCGGAGGCAGAUGAUAUUCCAUGCGCGGCUGCGUGCAAUGUGCUGCUGCUCUGCCGAGAUGGCCGCAGCACUCCUGCUGUCCAUUGGGUCCUGCGGCGCUGCAAAGAUCACAAAGGCAUCGCGCGGUUUAUUUUGGAUCAGCAGGAGCAGCAUCACGAGGCAGCCGCAAAUGUGCUGCGGGCGCUGCUGGAGCCGGAACACGCUGAUGUUUUUGCGCAGCUGUCGAAGUUACUUGGGGACAGUCCCAACACAUGGCUAUCCCGUGUCGUGUCCCUUGCGGCACAACAUGAGCGGUGGGUGGUGGCGCUACGGUGUGUGGCUGGCAUGGCGGCGCCGUCGAUCGGCCACUUGCACGUGGCCUUUCUCUCACUGACAGAGCGGAGCGCAGAACCCUUUGCCGUUGGCCUCGACUUUCUCUGGUCCGAUGAUUCCCACACGUCGCUGCACGCGGAGGUGAGCCCGCCGCAGUGCCACAUCGACAGCGACCGGUGGGAGGCGGCGUUGCGACUCAUGGAUGUAGGCGCAAGGCACAUGAAGAAACACUCCAAUUUUCUGCAACUGUAUGCGCACGCCAUAUCCCGCGCGACCGCAACGAACUGCCGCGUGCACGCCGAGGUGGAGGCUCAUCUUGCGCGUAUACAAUUUGGUGGCGACGGUGCAGCAGCAGCAACAACAAUAACAACACCGCGAUCGGCGCGAGAGGAGCUGAAGGCCCUCGUAAAGGGCAAAGACUGGGCGGCGGCGUGCUCCCUCGUGCCGCAGGCAGGGCCCACGCGCGGGCUUGUGACACUGUUGGCGUACAGCGGCAGGUGGGCGGAGGCGGCGCGAUUGGUGGCGGCGCACCGCAGGGAGGCAUGGCUGCCGCUCGUUGUGCGUGGCGCACGUGUGGCAGGUGCGUGGCAGGCUGCGCUCUGGGCGGUGGAGCAGACGACAGCCGCUGGGAUGCGUCUGCACUACGCGGCUGUGGCGGAGCUGUUGGCGUGCUGCACUUCUGCUGAGGUGCCGCUCGAGGCGAUCCAGUUGUGGCUGCGCAGUCACAUGGGAGGGGCGGNCACUUCUGCUGAGGUGCCGCUCGAGGCGAUCCAGUUGUGGCUGCGCAGUCACAUGGGAGGGGCGGCCGCACACGCGCUCUUUGGGCUGAAGAACGGCGUUGCGGCAGCGAAUGGCAGACAGUUGUGCACCACACAUGCCGAACUACUGCUCGUGAUGCUGAGCUCGUCCCACUCGGCGAAGGAGCAGUGGAUGUUCGCCCUCGAGCUGCUCACGAGCCACGUGCGGCAGCGCGGCGACUCCCCGUCGUCGCGAGUGUUUCACACGACCUUCGCAAUUUUGCAACAGGCGGGGCGGUGGCGGGAGUCCCUCCAAUUGCUGCGUUUCCAACACUCGCUCGGCGUACUGCUGACGACGAGGGCUGCCCGGCAGGUGAUCGACACGCUGCCGGCAAGCGAAUGGCAAGCCGCCCUCAUGUGCGUGCGCGACGUUCCUCGAGGCGACGCCGGACUGGUUAAUCGCGUUGUGCCGCGAAUAUUGCCGUUUCAGUGGGAGUGUGCGCUACGGCUUCUGGUUGACCACCGCGUGAUGACAAUAGCGGUGACGGAGCAGAUCGUCAGCUGCGACGAGGUACCGCUGCACAUGCGGCUGCAGGCGUGGCACCGACUGCUGCCGUCGCUGCCGGUGUCGAUGAAGCACCGCGCGGCUGCGGUGUACCUCCGUCUCUCACUAGCCGUGUCGGACGCUGGGACGUGCAGCACACACGGCGUCGACGGGUUGCGCGUCAUUGAGCGUUCUGUCCGCGGGUUGCGGCACGACUAUCGCAACUACGCCGCGUUCGUGUAUCACCGUGGUGUGCUGCACCGGUGCUGGUGUGACGCGCGCCUCGAUCCAGCCGUCGGUGUGGCUGCCUUUCGCUCCCUCAGCGACAUCGCACGGGUGGAUGCACAGUGUGAGGUGAGCGCGUCGGCGCUGGAGCAACUGUCAGAUCUCGUUGAGCGAAUGGGCCCGUAG